AUGAAACCACUGACAUUGGCCAGAAGCAUUCGAGAACACUACCCCAGUUGGCUUAGUCGCGGAUUGACGAGAACCGGGGCCAAGGUGAUCACGGAUCAUUCGGUCGAAUCCCAACAUCAUGUCAGAAUGAGUGAAGCGAUCAGGUCCAUCUACACGAUCACCGGUGUGAGAUCAAAGCAGAUCAAGCAUCGCUUACUGUCAACAGCCGAAGCGAUCGCGAUUCCUUUGAACCAGUCCCUCAUUGUACGUUCAAGAAAAGUAAGUCAGAGCUCUGGAUUUACUAUGGCCCUAAAUCGACAUGAAGCCGGUUAUCAACUGAGUGUCAAAUCGUCUAUCUAUCUGAUACAUUUUACACUACAAAUCGCAUUUGCAGAUUGA